AUGGACAUGCCAGCUACAGAGGAUGAGAACUCUCUGCAGUUGGAACCCAGUGUGACUGAGGACAGAUAUAGUCCUGCAGAUGCAGGUACACUUGGGAAGGGCCACCUUUUUGAGACCUGCCCCUGCUGGCCUCAUCCCUGUGGUGCAUACGCGUGUCGUACAUACCUGCUGCCAACUGUGCAGAUGCUGCUCUGCUGGAUCUUCGGCCUUCUGCUGGCCACCGUCAGAGGUAAAGAGGUUUGCUAUGAACGUCUUGGCUGCUUUUCCAAUGAGAAGCCAUGGGCAGGGAUGAUUCAGCGGCCUUUGAAGAUAUUGCCUUGGUCCCCAGAGGACAUUGAUACCCGCUUUCUUCUGUUCACGAAUGAAAAUCCAAACAACUACCAAGUGAUCUCUGCCACUGACCCGGACACCAUCACGGCUUCCAACUUCCAACUGGACCGCAGGACGCGAUUCAUCAUCCACGGCUUCAUAGACAAGGGGGAGGACAGCUGGCUGCUGGACAUGUGCAAGAGAAUGUUCCAGGUGGAGAGAGUGAACUGCAUUUGCGUGGAUUGGAGGCGUGGGGCCAAGACAGAAUACACCCAAGCCGCCUACAACACCCGGGUUGUGGGUGCUGAGAUUGCUUACUUAGUACAAGCACUGUCGACAGAGCUAGCGUACAGCCCAGAGAACGUGCACCUCAUCGGCCACAGUCUGGGAGCACACGUGGCCGGGGAAGCAGGCCGGAGGCUGGAGGGCCACCUGGGCAGGAUCACAGGGCUGGACCCCGCAGAGCCCUGUUUCCAAGGCCUGCCCGAGGAAGUUCGACUGGACCCGUCAGACGCCAUGUUUGUAGACGCUAUUCACACAGACAGUGCCGCCAUUGUUCCCUACCUAGGUUUUGGGAUGAGCCAAAAGGUCGGCCAUCUGGAUUUCUUCCCAAACGGGGGAAAGCAAAUGCCCGGAUGCCAGAAAAACAUCCUCUCCACCAUCGUGGACAUAAACGGAAUAUGGGAAGGGACUCAAAACUUUGCAGCUUGCAACCACCUCCGGAGCUACAAGUACUAUGCCAGCAGCAUCCUCAACCCCGACGGCUUCCUGGGGUAUCCCUGCACCUCCUAUGAGGAGUUCCAGCAGAAUGGCUGCUUCCCUUGUCCAGAAGAAGGGUGUCCCAAGAUGGGACACUACGCUGAUCAGUUUGCGGGGAGAACCAUUGCUGUGGAACAAACCUUUUUCCUGAACACAGGAGAUAGUGGUAACUUUACUCGUUGGAGAUACAAGGUGUCAGUCACACUGUCUGGAGCAAAGAAACUGAAGGGGUACAUCUUGGUUGCUCUGUAUGGAAGUAACGGGAACUCUAAACAGUAUGAAAUUUUCAAAGGAUCCCUCAAGCCAGAAGCGAUGCACAUUCGAGACAUUGAUGUGGACAUCGAUGUCGGAGAAAUCCAGAAGGUUAAGUUCCUGUGGAACAACAAAGUGAUAAAUCUCUUCCAGCCAGAGAUGGGGGCAUCACAAAUCACAGUUCAAAGCGGUAAAGAUGGGAAAGAAGCUGCCCUCCGUGAUCCUGAAACGCCUCACCUUGUGAAGACCCACAACAUCUCAAGGCGACCAUUGUGUGACCCUUGUGGGGACAACCACACCCAAGGCACAUCGAGAACGAAAGUACUGAUGCUGGCGGCCCGCCUCACUGGAGGAACUGGGAAUGCCAGAGACGAAAAUGACAAUUCACUCGCCAGACUGAAAUACAGACUGCGGUUCCCUCGGAGGAACCUGUCUCUGUUUGAAUUAGGUUCUGACUUCUCAGCCGCUGUUUUGAAAGCACAAGACAAGAGCCUCUCCUCUCCCGUUCGUGGACCCAUGACAGCCACAGAAAACUUUAUCCUCACCUCGGACACUAACACCCCUUUGCCCUGUGGCACUGCCAGACCGGCCAAGGCCACAUCUGUGCAGACAACUUCAUUCCAUAGUACUUCCCCUCCCAGGCCCGAGACACAAAAUCCCGGACGGGGGCCGCUGGUGUCCCCCCACCCCGUCUCCACCAAGCUGGAGGAAGGCUACCAAUUUUUGUGCAUGAAGCAAAGAGAACUCAACUGUGCACCAUACCGCAAGGAUGAUGACCUUGCUGUGUGA